AUGCAUAAACUCACUCUCGGACAAUUAUUUGUUCAACCUGUCAUUCCCAUUUCAUUCAUAUUGAGUUUUUCAACUCUGAUUGCCUUUUUCUUUUACUGUAUUCGAUCCGGCCGCGCCAAAAACGAGAAACAGGUCAGCUGGUUGCUCACGUUUGCUAGCAGUUUCGUUUGCACUUUCGCGUCGAUUCCCUACUUUUGGCGAUUUUGGUACUCAGGAUGGGAUAUGCGAUACGUUCAGGGCCAAACCAACUUUGAUAUGGCUCUGGUGUGCUUCUUUAUCAGCUACCUCGUAUUGGAUCUUUCAUUGGGUUCCCUCUAUUACAAAAACCGCAUUACAGUGGCUACCGGCUAUGUCCAUCAUACUCUCUAUGUUAUCAUUUUAUUCUGGCUCAUGCGACAGCGUUCGGCUUCCUUCUUUGUCGUCAAUUCUCUACUGGAAUUACCGACACUCAUCCUGGCAGUAGGAUCCCUGAAGCAGAAAUGGCGAUGUGAUUUCCUGUUUGCGUUCACCUUUUUCUUACUACGACUCGUAUUCCACGGCUGGAUGAUAUUUGCUCUCAAGGAUUCCCAUCGCAUCGACAAACUUUGGAUGGUCGCCGUAUGCAUGUAUCCUCUUCAUCUGUAUUGGUUUUAUGGCAUCAUUCGUCAACAGAUCCGUGUUCAUGCGAAAUCAAUCAAAUGGAUCCUGGGAGCCGCCGAUGGGGCCAAGCACACAUUAGAAAAGCGACCCAAGCAUAAUUUCCUCGAUAAAAUCAUGUCCAUCUAA